CAGAGGGGGACAUACGUGUGUGCUUACGCGUCAUCGCCGCAUCGAAUAGGGUCGGCGAGGGUUUUCCCUUCCCUUCUCCUCUCCUCUCCUCUUUGAUUCUCGUCCAUGGAUUCCUCUCCCCAUCUCCUCCUCCGCCUACUCUUACCGCUAGGGAUUCGCCUUCGUUGAGAUCGUCGUGCGAUUCUGCUUCGAUCGAGGCGAAUUUUGGGUAGGAUUGGAUCGUUUGCGAUGGAGGGGAACAGUUGGAGACCCGCUCAGGGCGAUCCCACCACCGCCACCUCCGCCGCCGCCGCCGCCGGAGCAGAUCCCUCCGCCGUCGACUGGAGGAGUCAGCUCCAGCCCGAGGCGCGGCAACGGAUCGUUAAUAAGAUUAUGGAGACUCUAAAGAGGCACUUGCCAAUCUCGGUGCCUGAGGGCUUGAAUGAACUUCAGAAGAUUGCUGUGAGAUUCGAGGAGAAGAUCUACACUGCUGCUACCUGCCAGGCGGAUUAUCUGAAGAAGAUUUCUCUAAAAAUGCUUUCAAUGGAAUCAAAGACGAAUCCUACUCCUAGCAAUGCUAGUCAACCUCAAAACCCUGGUGAUCCAGCACUCAGCAUCCCACCACAAGUCAGCAACCAGCCACAAUCACUAGCAAUUCCUUUGAUCAAUCAAUCUUCAGUGCGCCAAGCUCUUUUACCCCAAAACCUUCAGAACAACACUUUAGCUGUGCCGACAGCCUCCUCCAAUCUAUCUUCUGGGCUGUUGACGAUGACAGGUGUUGGCCAGCCAUCAACCCUACAAAACAUGUCGGGCAUGUCGCAAAACACUGCAAGUAAUUCUGUAGGGCAAGUUGCUCCAACUGACAUAUAUGCCAAUACACAGAGGCAAAUGCAGGGUAGGCAGCAAAUUCUUUCCCAACAGCAACAACAAUCACAGAACCAAUUACUUUAUCAGCAGCAGCAGCAGCAGCAGCAGCAAUUUCUGAAGCAGAAGUACCCAAAUAGUUCACUUUUGCAGCCUCAUAUUCAGCAACAGCAGCAGCAGCAGUCUCUGUUGCAGCCAAACCCACUUCAAUCUUCACAACAAUCAAUGAUGCAAAUGUCAUCUGGUCUUCAACAGACACAACCAACAGCAAUGCAGCAGAAUCAGUUGACUUCCAUUCAGCAGCCAGUAUCAUCACUAAGACAGCAGCAGCAAGUGCAAUCCACAAUACAUCAACAAACUUCUCUUCAGCAACAAUCUGCUCAAGUUCCUCAACAACCCAACAUUCCAUUGCAAGCGAACAUUUCGAAUUCUCAACAAAAUCAACUUAUUGGGGGGCAACAAAAUAGCGCCUCAGAUAUGCAACAGCCACAGCAGAGAUUGCCAGUUCAACAAAAUAAUCUUUUGAGCAUGCAACAAAAUCAGCAGACUAUUUCUUUACAUCAGCAGCAGCAGCAGUUGGUCUCUCAGAAUAAUAUGUCGGGUCUGCAGCAGCAGCAGCAGCAGCAGCAGCAACAGCAACAGCAGCAAAUGCCAGGGACGGUGCCUAACAUGCAGGCACAUCAGCGCAUGAGCAUGCUGCAGCAGUCUAAGGCUCUGCCACAGCAACAGCCACAAGGCCAACUUCAGUCUGCACAGCAGCAAGUGAUGUCUCAGUUUCAGUCCCAGCCUGCACAAUUGCAGCAGCAAUUUGGAAUGCAACAGCAACAGAAUUCCUUACCACGGGAGAUGCAGCAAAGGCUUCAGGCUUCAGCUGCUUUGCUUCAGCCGCAGAAUGCAGCUGAUCAACAUAAGCUAUUUAUGCAGUCUCAGAGAGCACUUCAAGAGGUCUCCUCUAGCACAUCAGUGGAGUCAACAGCUCAAACAGGACCGGCAGGUGGUAUUGAUUGGCAGGAGGAGAUCUAUCAGAAGAUAAUAUCCAUGAAGGAACUGUACUUUGCAGACCUCUCUGAGCUUUACCAGAGGAUUGUUAUGAAGUUGCAGCAGCAUGAUGCUCUCAUGCCGCCUGGAAAACUAUCGGAUCAGUAUGAGAACAUGAAGAAAUUUAAAGUAAUGUUGGAGCGCACCUUAGCAAUUCUAAACCUUAACAAAGGUAACAUCCAAAGUGGUCUCAAGGACAAACUCCCUUUGUAUGAGAAACAGAUAGUAAGUAUUCUAGCUUCACAUAAAAAGAAACCUCCACAGCCACAAGGACCACAGCAGCAGUUCCAGCAUUCUCAUUCUAUGGCACAGCAACAGCCAGCGCAAGUUGCCCCAAUGCCAAAGCUCGAAAACCAAAUGAAUCAGCUUCAACAAGUGAAUACAAUGCAGCAAGCUGGCAGUGCUUCCGGUUUGCAGCAUGUAUCGAUGCCUAUGCCUGCAAACUUUGGUGUUCCAAAUACACAGCAGAACAUGACAAAUUCAUUACAAGCUGUUUCUAAUCUCGACUCAAUCCAAAGUAGUUCGCUUAGUCAAUUACAGCAAGGACCUAUUGGCUCUCUUCAACAUAAUAGUGUGGGAUCUAUGCAGAAUACCAUUAAUGCAUCGCAACAAGUCAAUUCUAAUGCUUUGCCGCAUGGCUCCAUGAAUUCAUUGCAAUCUAACGUGAAUUCUUCACAACCAAACUCAAACACACUGCAGCAGCAGCAGCAGCAGCAAUUGAAGCAGCAACAGGACCAGCAACGUCUGCAGCAGAUGAAGCAAUUGCAACAGCGCCAGAUGCAACUGCUACAGCAGCAGCAGCAGCAGCAACUGCCGCUGCAGCAGCAACAACAGCUGCCACUGCAGCAGCAGCUGCACCAACAACAAAAGCAGCAGCAAGUGGCUCAGAUGUCUGUGCAUCAAAUACAACAGAUGAAUCAUCAGGCGACUGAGGUCAAUGAGGUGAAGAUGAGGCAAGGGCCUGGGAUGAAACCUGGACUAUAUCCACAGCACUUCUCAGGGAGCCAAAGAACUGGCUUUGGCCAUCAGCAGCUGAAGCCAGCACCUCCUUUUCCAAUUUCUUCGCCUCAAAACCUCCAAGCCUCAUCCCCUCAAAUCUCGCACCAUUCAUCGCCUCAAAUCGAUCAACAUAAUUUAUUGUCUUCUCAAAUAAAAGCAGGAACACCUUUGCAGUCGAGUAACUCGCCCUUUGCGCCAUCUCCUUCAACACCCAUAGCUCCAUCGCCUGUACCCGGUGAAACGGAGAAGCAGCUUCCGAAUGUAUCUUCUCUACCUAGUGGUGGACAAAUCGGUUCUCAGCAGGCAAAUCUUCCAGCUCCGGUUCAAUCGCUUGUUGUUGGUACACCUGGCAUAUCAGCCUCACCCUUACUGGCAGAAUUUCCACGUCCUGAUGGGAAUCAGGCUAAUUUACCAACUCUACCUCCUUAUAAAGCAGGCACAACGGAAAGCCCUUUAGAUCGAUUGCUUAAAGUGGUGCAAUCAGCAUCACCUCAGGCUCUGAGUUCUGCAGUUAGUGAUAUUGGAUCAGUUGUUAGCAUGAUCGAUAGGAUAGCUGGCUCUGCUCCUGGCAAUGGUUCCAGAGCUGCUGUUGGUGAAGAUUUAGUAGCCAUGACGAAGUGCCGUUUACAAGCCAGAAACUUCAUGUCACAGGAUGGGAACUCUACAAAUAAAAAAAUGAAGCGUGACACCAAUGCCAUGCCCUUAAAUAAUGUUUCCUCAGCAGGUAGUGUAAACGAUAGCUUCAUGCAGUUGUAUGGUCUUGAUGCAUCUGAACUACAGUCGACUGCAACAUCACGUGUCAAGAAGCACAAAGCUGAGGUGAACCAUGUCCUGGCAGAAGAGAUCCGCGAGAUAAAUCAGCAACUGAUAGAUACAGUGGUCAAUAUAAGUGAAGAAGAUGCCGAUUCAAUUGCUGCUUCCUCUGAGGGUGGGGACGGGACUGUAAUUAUUUGUUCCUACACUGCAGUUGCUCUCUGCCCGAGUUUGAAAUCCCAGUUUGCAUCAGCUCAGAUUAGCCCUAUUUUACCUCUGAGGUUGCUCGUUCCUGCUAACUAUCCCAAAUGUUCCCCUGUUCUCUUAGAUAAGCUGCCAGAUGAGCAAAGCAGGGAGAGUGAUGACUUAUCUACCAAGGCAAAGACAAAGUUUAAUAUAUCUCUUCGCGGCCUAUCUCAGCCUAUGUCGCUAAGAGAGAUUGCGAAGACUUGGGAUUCUUGUGCACGCAAGGUGAUUGCAGAAUAUGCUCAGCAAACUGGAGGAGGGAGCUUCAGUUCGAGAUUUGGAGCUUGGGAGAAUUGUGUAGGUGCUUGAUAUAAGAAGUUGAAUUAAAAAUCCCUCCGGAUCUGGGGUUGUGGUUUAGUUGUGCAGAAUUUGAAGGAGAUGGAUUCGAUACGGCCUGAUUGUUCUGCCGAUUGAACUCAAAAAUGUGGGUACUGAUUUCCAUAUGUGAAACUUGAGAUUAUGCCUUGUUGUAUGUGUUGGUGUAGUAUGUGCUCUGGAUCUAGAGGCUCUCGUCGGCCUCUGUGCAAUUUGUAUAUGAGAAAUGCUGUUGUUAAUUUGUGCUGUGGAAUUUUCACUGUUGUGUGUACAAAGGGGAACAAAAUUCUGCUAGUGUCUGCUGUAUGUUAUGAACAUCCGGUUUUAGUGUCGAAUUAUUUAUACGCCGUGGCGUUUGAUCGCCAUUUUGCCUUUUA